AUGCUUUACUGCGCAUGCGGUAGUUGUUGGGCAUUCUCCGUGACUGGUAACAUCGAAGGUGCAUGGGCGAUUAAGACAGGUAAACUGGUGUCUCUAUCCGAACAGGAACUGGUUGAUUGUGAUGUGGUUGAUGAAGGAUGUAACGGAGGAUUGCCAUUGAAUGCUUACAAAGAAAUCAUACGCAUGGGUGGACUGGAAACAGAAAAGGACUAUCCGUACGAUGGUCGUGGUGAGCGUUGUCACUUGGUCAGACAGGAGAUUGCGGUCUAUAUAAACGAUUCAGUGGAAUUGCCCAAGGAUGAGCAGAAAAUGGCCGAGUGGUUGGUAGCGAAAGGACCAAUUUCUAUCGGUAUCAAUGCAAAUCCGCUACAAUUCUAUCGACACGGUAUUGCACAUCCUUGGAAGAUUUUAUGUUCGCCAACGCAUUUGGAUCAUGGUGUACUGAUAGUGGGAUACGGUGUGGAGGGCGAUAAACCGUUCUGGAUCGUGAAGAAUAGUUGGGGAGCAAGAUGGGGUGAGCAGGGAUACUUCCGACUUUACCGAGGCAAAAACGUUUGCGGAGUACAACAAAUGGCGACCAGUGCAGUUAUUCAUUAA